AUGAGCCGGUUCGGGGGCCGCACACGCGAGUACCCGGCCGUGUCCAUCGACCGCUUCGACCGCGACAACCUGCGCGCGCGCGCCUUCUUCCUGUCGCACUGCCACAAGGAUCACAUGAAGGGGCUGCGGGCGACCACCCUGAAGAGGAGGCUGGAGGGCAGCUUGAAAGUUAAACUAUACUGCUCACCAGUUACUAAGGAAUUGUUGUUGACUAACUGGAAAUACAAGUUUUGGGAGAAUCAUAUUGUUGCAUUGGAAGUUGAAACUCCAACUCAGAUUUCUUUGGAAGAUGAAAUAUCUGGUGAGAAAGAAGAUAUAGUGGUGACACUUCUGCCAGCUGGUCACUGUCCAGGUUCAGUCAUGUUUCUGUUUGAAGGUGAGAAUGGCACUGUGUUGUACACAGGGGAUUUCAGGCUUGCAAAAGGAGAAGCAGCCAGAAUGGAGCUUUUGCAUUCAGGGACCAGGGUAAAAGACAUCCAGAGUGUGUAUUUGGACACUACUUUUUGUGAUCCCAAAUUUUAUCACAUACCAAGCCGGGAGGAAUGUUUAAAUGGGAUCUUGGAGUUAGUGCGAAGCUGGACCUCACUGUCUCGUAAUCAUGUUGUGUGGCUGAACUGUAAAGCUGCUUAUGGAUAUGAAUAUUUGUUCAUAAACCUCAGUGAGGAACUCGGAAUCAAGGUGCACAUGAACAAACUUGAUAUGUUCAGGAACAUGCCAGAAAUCCUGUGCCAUGUUACCACAGACCAACACACGCAGAUUCAUGCCUGUCGACAUCCUCGGGAUGAUGACUGCUUCCGAGGGAACAGACUGCCCUGUGGGAUGACUUGCCUCAAUGGAUCUCCCCUGCACAUAAUCAGCAUCAAACCCUCCACAAUGUGGUUUGGGGAAAGGAAAAAGAAAACAAAUGUGAUAGUGAGGACUGGGGAGAGAACGUACAGAGCUUGUUUCUCUUUCCACUCUUCAUACAGCGAGAUCAAGGAUUUCCUGAGGUAUAUCUGUCCUGUGAAUGUGUAUCCCAGUGUACUGCCAGUGGGUGGGACAGAGGACAAAGUUAUGGAGAUAUUAAAGCCAUUAUGCAGGUCAUACAGGAGAAUCAUGGAACCCAGGUACAAGCCCUUAGGAACACUGAAGAGAGCCCACAAAAGAGAAUUACCAGAUACAGAUGAAGAUGAUCUCUUUGAUUCAGAAUUAAUUUCUACAGGGCCUAAGAUUCCAAAACAGCAGAGACGAGAGAGCAGGCCCUCCAGCACAGGACAGUAUGAAAAUUCUGAAGGAAACAUUAAUGAAAGCACAGAAAGCUACACAACUUACACCUCUCUCAAGGUAGACUUCAUGGAUUGUGAGGAAUCAAAUGAUGAUGAUGAUGAAGAUGAUGAAGAAGAAUCUGAAAAAAAUACAGUUCAGUUUCUUUCCCAUGAGACAGAUGCCACUUCCACAGCCAAUUUCAAUGGAGUAAGUAGUGACCAUCAGUCUAAUGCCAAUGUCCCCUGCUGGGAUGAAUUUUUUAUGGGUAAUAAACUAGAGGAAAGCUCUGAAAAUGAGGACAACAUCCCAUCCUCAGCAGAUGCUGGGGGGUCCCAGUCACUCUUCAGUGACUCAGAUGGAGUAAGUGACUCGACACACAUCUCCUCCCAAAAUUCUUCUCAGUCAACACACAUAUCAGAGCAGGGGAGCCAGGGCUGGGAUAGCCAAAUGGAUACAGUGCUCAUCACCUCCCAGGAGAGAAGUGCCCUGGACCUCAGCAAAGGUGGGAGCAGAGCAGUGGUUCCUGUGCUGCAGGAGAGUCCUAAGGACACUCAGCUGGACAGCAGCAGGGGGAAGCCACAAGGUCAGAACAGACCUUGUGGCCAUGGUGGUGCCUGUGGCUUGAAAAGCAAAGACUGUGAGAAAGCUGCAGAAGAUGGUGCUGCCCAUGUUCAGGAUGUGCUGGUGGAAAUAAGUGACAGAUGCAGGAUUCCUGAUCUAGAGCUGAAGAAGGACUCCCAGAGUUCCUCUGACUUUGAAAUUCCCUUGACUCCUGAUGCUGAAGCGCCUCAGCCAGAUAAACUGCACCAUUUAUACAGGAAGCUUGCAGCAGGUGAAAACAUAAUCAGUGAGAAAAAAGUCUCCUGAGAACGGGUAUAACCAAUUACCUUGUGGUAAUACCCAGCAUAUCUAUUACUACCUGAAUUAUUUUUCUCUUUCCUGUGGGUUACCGUCUGCAGCUAUGCUGAGUCACACUUUAUUCAGACUGUCAGGACUAGGUAUUUGCAGCCUGUGUACCUUUAUUGUUCCUUCCAUGAAGUACUGAAAAGGAAGUAUUCAAAAAGUAUUCCCAGGAGGGACAGUGAAAGCCUUUUACCUCCCAAGGUUCAAUUCUCCAGGACUGUAAGUAGACAAAAAAUGGACCAGACAAAACUAAGGGUAGGACACUAAAUGAAAUUUAGUGUUUAUAAUGUGCUCUAAGAGUUUGCCUUUAUAAUGUGAUCUCAGGUUUUAAUAAAAUAGCACACUAUUAACUGUGGAGAGGAUCACCUAAGAAUGACCAUGCAAACAAGGCAGUUGUAAUUUGGCUUUAAUCACUAUUACCAUUGUUCAUCAUUAUUAUAAGAAUUUAAUCAGUACCUGCUGCAGUUAUUUUUAAAAAUAACUGCAGAACAGACUAGAGAAUUACUGAGGUUGUGAGGGGGUUUUAAUUUGUUUUCAAUCAAAUUGCUAAUUUCAAAAAUCUCUCUUUACACUGAGCUUUAACUCCUGAGUUAGGUACUGUGGACUGCUGUGUUUCACCUCCAACUCUUUGCAAACCACUUGUCAUCACUUCCUCUGUGUUCUGAAUUGUUCUUCAGAAAAACUUAAAAUCAUGUGGGUUCCUAAGUUACCCUGUUCUGCUCUGGCAGGUAACUCAGCCACAGAAGGCAACCUGGUAUCCCAGACAGGCUCUUGUACGACAAAACUUCACUUCCUCUGCAACAUUCCAUAGACUUCACUGUUUUAAAUCAAGAUGAUAUAUUCUGCAUGCAUGUGUGCCAUCAUAACUCUCUGCCAAAAUUCUUAGCUUCUAACAUCAAAAUGUAAUUUAGUUUUUUUCUAAACUGGAAUGCCUAUGCAAUAUCCAAACCACAGAAGUCAUCUAAAAAUCCCUGAGGUUUUCCACCCAUGGUCUUAAAUCCCAAAGAAUUAAACAUACUUUAGCACAUCUCUCCCCUCUGAGUGUGCCUUCAGCUGUUGUGCCGUGUUUAGUGACAUGUGAAUGUUAAACCAACCAGCAUUCUGCCACAGGGAGCAGAGGCAGGAGGGACAGAGCAUUGCCAGAAUCUAUGUAUCAUUUUAAGGAUAUUCAAGAUCCAUGUAUUUUUCCACUGUUAUCUUUCCUGCUGUUUGUGGGAUUUAUUAACCUAAUUUCCAAACGUGAUCUACCAACUUUGGGGGUUUUUUAGCAAGCCUGAGUGAGUGGAACUUCUGUUGGACCUACCUCUGUGAAUAAAGUCAGACAAAACAGAACCUCUUUUGUUGGCUCAUUUCAUAUCUGAAAUGUGCAUGUAAGUUCGGGGCUGCCUUUAACAGGAUGCUCAAAUAUACAGGAAUCCAGUUCAGACAAGUGUAAAUUUAUACCAGUUCUCAGCAGCCCUAAACACAUCAUUUCCUCAUGGUCCCCUUCUUCUGGAGUCUUUACAGUCCUAGAAAACUUGGGUACAGACCAGGAAUUAAGAGGUUGCAGUCUUAAGGCAAAUUCUACUGCUACAACUAAUUUUGACAGGCUAACUUUUCUUUUUAAAAAUGACAACAACAAGAGAAAAACUAAAUUUAAUUUAUUUUAUCAAAAACUAUAGGAAGAUAGCAAUACUAGAGAUGACACAGUAUGAAAAGAAAAUUCCUGAGCUUACAAACUGCAUAUUCUAAUACAGUUCCUAAAACAUACAUUAAAAUAACCAAAGUAUUGACUUAACUUGGAGAUUAAAUAAAUAGAAAUAGCUUUUCUUACAGGUGAUCUUGCAGCUUUAGUUUUGCUACCAAAAAAUAAAAAUAAAACCAAACAAAAAAAGAACAGCUGGAGGACAGGUCACAGGUCACCAGCCUCCAAGAAGUGCAUACACAUGACUGAACUGGUAACCAUGAGGGUGCCAACAGACCACAAAGCAAAAUAAAGGAGAAGCUGGGCUGGUUUAGCUUCCCUAUGAAAUUGAAAACAGCUUUUUCUCCAUUUUCAGUCUGGCAAUUUUCUGCCAAACUCAUAAAACCAAUAAAAGGAUUUUUAAAAGUAACACAGUGUCCCAUUAAGCUAAUUCAAUAACUGCAAUCCAAAUACACUGUGGAUAUAUAAAUAUAAAAUACUGUUCAAGGCUCUUAUGUUGGAAACUGGAUCCAUGGAUUUCCUUCAAAUAAAUAAAAAAUACCGCUACCUCCCAGAACGUAAAUUAAUGGUUCUUUAUUUAUGGCAGAAGAUAACACACAUAUCCUUAACAAACAGCAGCGUUAUUCCAGUGCUGGUGAUAACAUUCUCUGCCUUUGGAAAAGGCAGACACUGCACCCCAGUACAACUGCAACCUUCUAAAAUGCAUCUACUUGCAAUAUUUAAAUCAAACUGGGCAUGGGGAGAGACAGAGCCUGGGGCCAGCCCUGUGCCCCUGGCACAGGCAAGGCUGAAGGAAGGAAUCCAUCUCUUGCCGCAGCUGCUCCAUCCUGCAGGGACAGCACAGGCUGCAGCGGAUUAAGGAGCUGGAGACUGCAGAUUCCAUCCACAUGGAAUGCACUGCUCAUUUGAGCUACAUGCAAGAGAAAGUACUAAUGACUCCAAAUGAUGCAAGAUCAUCUAGAGUUUGCUGACAUUAAAGCUCCACAUUCCACUUAAAACUUUAAAUAAAAUAAAAAAAAAUCAUUAGAGAUAUGGCAUGUUAAAAACUGACAAGAUUCAGCAUAUAUCAACUGUGGAUACAGGUGAGCCUGAUCGCAUCAAAUACUUUUAAAUCUAAGCAAACUUUCUCCUAUUCCUUAAAGAAUAUAAAGUCUCUGUUUCAACAUGUAUCUCUGUAUGGUAGAUUACAAAAUUCACACAGCAUUUCCAGUGGCCCAUGCUCUUCACCAAAAGUGUAAAACUGAUUCUGGCUAGUAGCAUAUAAAAUGUCAUUUGCUAUGAAAGAGACAGAUCUUCAGUACAAAUGCAACUGUGCUUCUUAAGGAACAACCUCGAAAUGCUCAUUUUGAAGUGCUAGUAAUUACCAUGAAAUUUAAGGCAUUUUCUAACAAAUUAAGUAAACAGUUACAUGCUGGGUACUUGACUUCAUUCACCUGAGCCAACAGCUGUGCACCUUAUAAAGGUAACUAGCUGACCUAUAAUACAUAGCCAGCAUCCAGCCAUGGAGCAUCCAUUUAUGGAGCAACAUUACUCUGCCUGACCCUGUCAACAUUUACAUGACUGGUAAGCAAUCUGCAUGUUUCACAAGCUUUGAAUCCAUGAGAAAAAAACACGUGGAUCAUCGCAAGAGCACGGACCUUGGCUGUAAAUCCACUCAUCACCCACCUCACCUGCUCUUCAGUGGUUCUGAAGCCAAGCAAAACUUAGCCUAUGUUAUGAAUAGAUUGAGACAACUUUAAGAUGAUAAGGAAAAAAGAAAAGAUGACUCAGGCAGCUGAAGAACAGCAUAUUUCUCAGCCUUUACAUUCAAGAACAUCUUACAAAUGUCUACAGCAAAUGGGUAUACUCACCCCUAGUCUAACUUCACUGAAGUUAACAUUUUUGCAACCAGAAAAUACAGGCCUAGUAUCUUAGAAGUCUGUCACUAGGUAAAAAAAGACACAGUAUGUAAAAAUUUAAUCAAAACGACUUGUGAAUAUACAUUAAUGCCAGGGCUCUUUUGCAGGGCUCUAAGAGAUAGCAGAGCAUAUCUCCACAAUGCAUUGGCCUUGUUAGACAAAGGGCUACUCUCCUUAACCUUUUGCUAUCUAUUUCCAAACUGUAGCCAGCAACUUGUUUCAGCCAUGACUGCCAAAUUUCUGCAAUGAAAAUAAGCAGUGAAUGUUACUUCUGACAAUUCCAUAUUUACAAAUGCUCUGUGAAACUGCAGUCCUCCUAUAGAAUCCUAACUAAAAAUCAGAGCAUAACAACUGAAAACCUUCUACAUAACAUCAGCUACAAAGUUCAAGUUCUACACUUGGGGUCUGUUAAUUCCAGUUACAGAAACAAUUAGGCUGGAAAAGGCUUUUGAGAUCAUCAUGUCCAACCUAUGACCGAACACCACUUUGUCAACCAGACCAUGGCACUGCGUGCCACAUCCAUGCUUUUCUAAACACCUUCAGGAUGCUCCUCUCUGAGCAGCCCCUUCCAACGUCCAAUCACCGAUUCUGUGAAGAAAUUUUUCCUUAUGUCCAACCUAACUACCCCCACCCCUAGCACAGCGUGAGACUAUGUCUCCUUGUCCUCUUGCUGUUUUGCUGGGAGACUGACCCUCACCUGGCUAUACCCUCCUGUCAGAGUUGGAGAGAGAGAUAAAGUCAGCCCUGAGCCUCCUGUUCUCCAGGUAAAUGAUGGAGUGGCUUGGAGUGGCAUCUACCAGCUCCCUCAUCACCCUAGGAUGGAUCCCAUCUGGUGUCAUGCACUUAUGAGCAUCUAAGUGACUCAGUAGGUCUCUAACCGCUUCCUCCUGGAUUACAGGGGGACAAUUCUACUCCCUAUCCCCGUCUACAGCUCAGGAGGCCAGUUGUCCUGAGGACAGAUCAACUGUCUUAAUGUUGAACCCUGAGGCAAGGAAGGUGUUAAGUACCUUAGCCCUUUCCUCAUCUUUGGUAAUCAUAUUCCCCCACGGUGUCCAAUAAAGAAUGGAGGUUUUCCUUGCCCCUUCUUUUGCUAUUAAUGUAUUUACAAAAAUAUUUUUUACUAUCUUUUAAAGAAGUGGCCAGGUUAAGUUUUAAUUGACCUUUGGCCUCUCUAAUUUUCUUUCUGCAAUUACUUCCGUUGCAUGGAGUUCCAUGGACAUUUUACAAUUUGCAUUCCUGUGAACCUUUAUUUACACACUGGCUCUCCUUAAUCCCUAACCCUGGUGCCAUAAAUGUUAUUGCUAAGAUCUUCAAGCUUUUCUUUUUAUAACAUAAAAGCAAAAGAACUGUCAACUCAGAAUUCAAAUCAAAUGUCCCCUUACUUCUCAAGGUACAGAAAACACAUAGCAUCACUUCAUCCCAGUGGAAUCAGCUCCUGAAGGCCUAUGGCUGAAAGCCCACACUCGAAUGUCUGUGACAAUGAACAGGAGCCAUCAGUGCCCUGGCAGCCAGGAGAGCCAACCCUGUCCUGGGGACAUCAGGCACAGCAUCGGCAGCUGGACAAGGGAGGGGACUGUCCUGCUCUCCUCUGCACUGGGGUUGCCUCAUCUCAAGAGCUGGGGGCAGUUUUGGGCACCACAGCAUAAAAAAAAAAA